AUGCCCGUACCCUCACACGGGUCCUCAUCUGGGCCGCUCAUUUUCAAGGAUAGUCCUUUCUAUCGAAUAGAGCGUCAGCUCACACCUACUAUUGAAUGCAAAGCCCGUGAGCAUACUAGAGAUAGCGUGGAGCUCAAGAUUCACCUUGAUGAGAACACAACAUCCAGGUUACUGGUAGACCCCAAGCUACGUGUCAUGAUUUUCUGCGCCGCGGACUCUGGACUCAACCCGUAUACCAAGUCUGAUAUCGCCUUUCCUCAUCAAGUCGAACUCAAAGCGAACCUCGACGAGGUGAAAGCCAAUCUGAGAGGCCUCAAAAAUAAACCCGGUACUACGAGACCAGCAGACAUAACAAACUAUAUCCGGAAAAAAGCCGGCUAUCCAAACCACGUUGUUAUGACAUAUGCGCUGACCCAGAAAAGGUUCUUUGUUGUUGCCAACCUGGUUGAAUGUACCGCAAUCGAAGAGCUUGUGGAUAAGCUGAAACGACGGAAGACCAUCACAAAGGAGCAGGUGCUCCAAGAGAUGAAAAGCAAGGCCGAGGAUGCAGACAUCGUCGCUACUUCGACCGUGAUGUCGCUGAAAUGUCCUCUCUCUACUCAGCGAAUCGAGGUGCCAUGUCGCUCUGUGUUAUGUACACACAACCAGUGCUUUGACGCGUCGUCCUUCCUCCAACUGCAAGAGCAAGCACCAACAUGGUCAUGUCCAGUGUGCGCAAAGUCGACGAGCUACGAGUCGUUGAACGUUGAUCAAUACGUUGACGACAUCCUCCACUCAACGCCACACGACGUUGAGCAAGUCAUAAUAGAACCGGAUGGGCAAUGGUCAAAUCCCAAGGACGAGGUGGCAGUGACGGGACCUGGCAGCGUUACACCUGCGACAGACGACGACGAUUUGAUAGAAAUCAAGGAACCGGGGGUCACCCCGGUAAAGCAAGAGCAUCUUCCUGCGAUAGACUUGUUACAGCAGACGCCGGCUACGUCGCGGGAACAGUCCUCAACAUGGUCGACUAACAAACGGCCGGCUCCUGUGAUCGAUCUUACAGGUAGUGACGAUGAUGAUGACUCCCCUAUACGGCCGCCAAAGAGACAAGCCGUUCAAAUGCAUCGGACCUUACCUCGACAGGAUUCCCGAAGCUCAUACACAGGCGGCUACUCUCUUCCGCCGUUUGUCGCAGACUGA